AAUGGAAUAAGCAUAACUUCCACCUUGAGUAAUUUCCAUUUUUCAUGAAAUUAAAUAAAUCUCCUUUUUUUUCACCUUUUUUUUUCUUACUUAAAUGCGCCUCUUUCUCUCUCCUCUUCCAUUGUCUACACACAACCCCAGCUCUUCACUAUAGAUCAUCUCCAUUAAAUUCAAACCCACAAAAACCCAAAUUAAUAGUAUAAAUUCGGCAGUUGUUUUAACGCUCUUCUUCACAAUUUCAGUGCCACCCCCAAUUUCAUUAAUUAGGGUUCCUAAUUCCCAUAAGAACCCAACACAUUGAUAAUUUUUAUCAAAUUUGGAGGAGAAAAUUGAUUAAUUGCAAUCUUUGUUGAUUUGGGUUUUGAAAGAUGGGUGUUGGGAGCACUAACCAACCCUCUGUUGAAUCUGGGUUGGUUAAUGCUACCACAAUGAAUGGUAAUGUAAAUGUUAAUAUUAAUAUUAAUGGUAAUACAAAUGAUCCCAAUUUCAUGAAGCUUCAAAAACAUCAUAUUUCUUGCUGGAGAUCUCAGAGAAAGCCAUUAUCAUGGUCGUUAAUUUGUGGGAUUAUGUUAUUUGCUCUUGGUUUAAUCUCUUUGUUUACUGGACAUGUUGUUUCUGAUCUUGAGUACUACUCUCAGCGUUUAAUUAAGCCUCACUUGAUCACCAAAUGGGCUGCAAGCAUUCAUGAACCAAUUAACAUAUGGAAAUCAAAAUAUAUGGAUGCUUACUAUGGAUGCAGUAGAAGAGGCCGGCAUUUUCGUUCUGCUGUCCCACAGCGAUUUUCAAAUGGGUAUCUGCUUAUCGCCACCAGUGGAGGGCUGAAUCAGCAGAGAACUGGGAUAACAGAUGCUGUGGUUGUGGCUAGAAUACUUAAUGCUACUCUGGUUGUUCCCUCACUGGACCACAAUUCCUAUUGGAAAGAUGAUAGUGACUUUGCAGACAUUUUUGAUGUUGAUUGGUUCAUAUCUUCUCUUGCGAAGGAUGUGAAAAUUGUGAAAAGAGUUCCAGAUAAAAUCAUGAGAUCCAUGGAAAAGCCUCCCUAUACUAUGCGAGUGCCUAGGAAGUCAACCCCUGAAGAUUAUAUAGAGCUAGUCUUGCCAAUACUUAUGAGGCGACAUGUUGUUCAGCUGUACAAGUUUGACUACAGGCUAGCAAACGAUCUUGAUCCAGAGCUUCAGAAGUUGCGUUGCCGAGUAAAUUAUCAUGCACUAAGAUUUACCAAACCAAUACAGGAACUUGGUUCGAAAGUCGUGUUGAAAAUGCGUGAGAUGGCUAAUCGGUUUAUUGCAGUUCAUUUGAGGUUUGAACCUGAUAUGCUUGCAUUUUCUGGGUGCUACUAUGGUGGAGGUGAAAAGGAAAUAAAUGAACUUCGCGAAAUCAGAAAAAGAUGGGACACAUUACCUAAUUUGAGCCCUCUUGAAGAGCGUAAAAGAGGAAAAUGUCCACUUACUCCUGAAGAAGUUGGUGUAAUGCUGCGAGCACUUGGCUAUAAGAAUGACACCUACCUUUAUGUGGCGUCUGGUGAAAUAUAUGGUGGGGAGGCAACUCUACAACCUCUUAGGGAACUUUUUCCUAACUUUUACACAAAGGAGAUCCUUGCUGGCGAGGAGCUGAAUUCACUUGUGCCUUUCUCUUCUCGUCUUGCUGCCAUUGACUACAUAGUAUGUGAUGAGAGUGAUGUAUUUGUGACCAACAACAAUGGGAAUAUGGCAAAGAUACUAGCAGGUCGCAGGAGGUAUAUGGGCCACAAGAGGACAAUUAAACCAAAUGCAAAAAGGCUUAGCGCUUUAUUCAUGUCAAGGGACACGAUGGAUUGGCGUACAUUUGCUAAAAAGGUCAAAUCAGCUCAGAGGGGAUUCAUGGGUGAACCCGAUGAAAUGAAGCCAGGAAGGGGUGAAUUUCAUGAAUUUCCAGCCGCUUGCAUAUGCAGAAGGCGAAGUAGGAAACCUACUAACAACACUAGUGAAGAACUUGACAUUUCUGAGAGUGAGAGGUGGCGAAGAUCAAACAACACAGCUAUUACAGAACGGUUGGGGUCUUCAGAAGAUGAUGAAUUUUUGCCUAGAUUGUGAUUUGUGUUUAAUUUUCAUCACGCGCCUCAAGGUGAUAUCAUGAUAGAUUCAAUUUCCUUUGAGUGGAUAUUGGUCAACAAAAUUCGAGCUAGAUUGAUGUAAAUAUCAGUUAGAACACUCUGAUGACCUCCAAUUGUUUAUAAAUGUUUUUUUGCAGCUUAUGUAGCUAGAUCUGAAACUGAUUUUUUAUGUGUGAUUAGAUCCAAGAUGUGUGACCUAGCAUUAGGCCUUUCUCUCAGUUUGACAUACUCGUUGCUAAAGCAACAUUUUGUAUCGAUGUGUUCAUUCUUCAUUCUUUUAAUCCAUGGUUCGUUAGUUGAA